AUGGCUCAGGCUAUAGGUAAUGUAAGUAUUAUUACUCUGAUAUUGUUUGUACUUUGCAUAUUGAAUCACUACAAGAUUGCUAGUGCGGCUGUUUAUGCUGUUGGAGAUGCACAAGGGUGGAGCUUUGGAAUACAAAGUUGGCCUAUUGGCAAGCAAUUCCAUACUGGUGAUAUUUUGGUUUUCACAUACCCUAAUACCAGACAUUCGGUUGUUGUGGUUGAUGAAAAUGGUUUCCGGACAUGCAAUAGUACAAAAGGUCAAGAAUUUACAAGUGGCAAUGACCAAAUCAAACUUCAAAAGGAACAAAACUAUUUCAUCUGUGGUAAACCGGGGCACUGUGCUGGUGGAAUGAAAAUGACAAUAUCUGCUGCAUAG